CAAUUAUUUAUCAAUAAUGCCUUGGAUGCAAGAGAUGAACUCGACCAGAAAUGGGAAAAGAGCCAUCAAUUUUUGACAUCGUUAACUAAUAAUUUAUCCGAAAGAGAUGCUCAUGAUAGUUUAAGCUCAACGGUAUGCAAGGGACAACAAGAGUAUGAAGAUGUUACCAUUGGCUUACUUUACACUAUUUUAACGGACGAAAAUGCUGCGCAAAAGGCGUAUCGUGAUUUAACUCUUUUAUCACGAGAUGGUCUUACCUUGGCGUUUACGAAACUCAAUCAACUUAUUGUUGAAAAGUUUUUUAAAUUCCAGCUACGUACACGGAAUCAGCUUAUAUGGCUAUUUACUGAAUUUGUGAAAUCUUCAGCAGCCGGAGCUGAUGCGAUGUGCUUUUAUCUCUUAAGACAAAUUAUUGGAGGAGAUGUUGGUCGUACCAACAUUGAUUACAUCGAAGCUCUAUUGAAUAUAUUUCAAGAACAUAAGACAUGGCUAUUUAGCUACAACUUUCUUACGGCUGCCGUAGUAUACGUGUUCCUUCGUCUGAUACUUGAUCAUUCUGUGCCACCAUUGCACCAUUUAAUGCAACGAGAAAUCGACUUUUGCUGUUCUACACUAAGAGAAAAAUUUACCGAUUGCAUUCAAAUUGGUCGCGACCUCAUACGUUUAUUGCAAGCAGUUGCCCAAAUUCCUGUCUUUAAUACUCUUUGGAAAGACAUUAUACAUAAUCCUCGAUCACUUAGUCCUCAUUUUACUGGUAUCUCGCACUUACUAAAAUUACGUACUUCCCGCAAGUUCUUAAUCAGUCGUAUAACUCCAGAUAUGGAAAAUAAACUAGUCUUUCUUACUUCGAAGGUAAAGUUAGGCCAUCAAAAGAAAUAUCAGGAUUGGUUUCAGAAAAAAUAUUUAGCCAAUCCGGAAAGUCAUGCCCUUUUAUGCGAUAUAAUCCGCUUUAUUUGUGGAGUAAUUCAUCCUACCAACGAGAUCUUGGGAUCAGAUAUCAUUCCAAGAUGGGCUGUGAUUGGGUGGUUGCUACAAUGUUGUCAGAAUAAUGCAACAUCCGCUAACGCAAAAUUAACGUUAUUCUUUGAUUGGCUAUGUUAUCAACCUGGACAGGAAAAUAUUAUGAAUAUAGAACCAGGCAUUUUGAUUAUGCUUCAUUCUACGAGAUCUCAUAUCACAAUAUCCGCUACCUUACUCGAUUUCCUGUGUAGGAUUAUAACCAGCUUUUAUAAGCCAAUGGAGACUCAAAUACGAAAUGCAGUUCGAAAGGCGCUUCACUUUGUGGUUGAGAAACGUGUUUUAAACUCUCUUUCUCCAUUGUUUGAUCAUCAGAAGCUUGAUAAAGAAUUAAAAGAGAUGUUACAAUAUAAUUUCCCUGAAUUU